AAGUUUGAUGCAAGUUUGACUUGAAUGUAGAAUAAACCAGUAAUAAUGGAGGUUUUAGCUUUAUGUUUGGUUUUAAUGUUAACCCUCGCUGUAGCGGAGCAUGAAGAGCGUCUUCCUAAUAAAUGUGAAGUGUGUAAGUUUUUGACAGUAGAACUGCAGACAACACUGGAAAAGACCGGUCGCUCCAGAGAGGUUCUGGAGGUUGGGGAGGUGCUGGACACUGGAAAACGCAGACGCAAAAUCAAGUACAACACCUCGGAAACAAGAUUGACGGAAGCUGUGGACAACAUCUGUGAGGGAAUACUACAGUACCACGUCCAUGCUGAGAGACCAGGGAGCCUUCGAUAUGCUAAGGGCACGAGUCAGACCAUGAGCACCUUGAAGAACCUGGUUGAUAAGGGAGUAAAAGUAGAGCUGGGUGUUCCUUAUGAGCUCUGGGAUGAGCCGUCGAUAGAGGUGGCAGACCUGAAAAGACAGUGUGAGACCAUGUUGGAGGAAUAUGAGGAGGUGGUAGAGGACUGGUACUUUCAUCACCAGGAGGAACGACUGGAGAGGUUCCUUUGUGAAGCUCAUGUCCUAAAAAACUCUGACUCAGAAUGUCUGAAGGAGGUAUGGAAGGGUGACUUGGGGUUUAAAAGCUCAGUGAAGAACCCAGAGAGCAAGAAUGAGAAAGAUGAACAAGCACAUGAUGUAGGAGAACUUUGACAACAGAACAACAAGACCGCUGGACUUUUCAGUCUUCCUGUUAGAAGCGCUGAGAAAGAACACUACGAGUUUACAUGGAUGCUGGUUAGUUUAUGUCUGCUGGUACUAAUCAACACUACAGUAAUGAAACAUUUACUUGCAGAAUGAUGCAGUGGUUUAGCUAUCUGAUUUCUUAAAACAGUAAAACAGUGUGAAUUUGCAAGGACUUACAGGAACACUGUUACACCCAAACAAAUGCUUUUUCCAGUUUGGGCAAGUGUGUUAUUACAAAAGGGCCAGUAAUUUCAAAACAAGCAUAGUUCUUUACAUGCCUCUUAUGCAGCGAAGCAAUUAGUUAAUAAAGCACUCCACACAUUGUGCCUUUAUGCCAAAACUUGCCUCAGUAUUAUGUGGUAGGGCCAACCCCAACAUACAUCCUGUCCAAUCAUAAGUAAUGAGGGUUAUUUUUUAUGAUUAUUUACAGUUAUACUGUUAUACUAAUGAUUAUGUGACAAUCAUGUGAUAUAGAGUUAAGUGAGCAUUAUGUGCAUUUAUCAUUGUUUAUUAUACAACAGUUAGUUCAGACCUUACAAUCUGAUUGGUUGAGAAGCGUUCUAACCGUGCUGAUAUUCGUGAUAACAGCACGGUCUUUUCACACCACAACUGUAUUAUUCCGCUGAUGCGUUUCCAUUAACGACAAGCUUCAUGCACACAAACGCGCACGCAGGCGACACAGCCUUUUUUCCCGAUCGCAUUUUAAAUCCGUUAUCUGAUAUACAAUCUAGCGCAGUGUAGGGAACAUAAAUCAGUUGUCAAAUUCACUAUCUAGUGCACUAUGUAGGGAACAUAUAUCCGUGAUCUGAUACACAAUCUAGUGCACUAUGUAGGGAACAUUAAUGUGUUUGUAAUGCGAACAGUUAGCUUAAUAGCCCAGUUAGCAGCUCCUAGAAGUUCUGUUAUCACCCAUAUCCUUUGGUGUGUGCGAGAGGUUUUUUAUUUCUUUUUUUCCUUUCGGAGGUUCUUGCCUUCUUCUUCUUGUUCUUACCUCCCUGAAAUGAGUUAUUGCAACUUGGGAUGUCUGCUUUGUAGUGUUAAAUUUUAUAUUCGUUGUGGAACUACUUUUUGGCGGAGGGUAUUGUCAAUAUUAAAGCAUAUUUAUUAUGAAA